CUUUAGUUUUGUGUCCCAUAUAUAGAUAUCAGACACCCUUUUCGGUGGAACUAUGUGCAAAGCUCAAAACUUUACCAAAUCUACAAUCUUCCCCUUCUCUCACUCUUUCUCUCUCUCCUCCCCCCAUCUCCUUGAUGAAGUAGUGCAAUCAAGCUAUGAUCAAGCCUUUUGGGGCUUCGAUUCAUCAUCUUUUUGUGCUAAUUAAUUAAACACUUUGAAAAUUAAUUUACCAUGUCCACCAUGAAGAACAAUUUCAAAGACCAAGACCAUCUCUACUCUUCAUGGAGCUUCUCAAAGCUAAUGGCUUUCUUCUUCCUCUUAAUCUCCAUCUCCUACCUCUUCUACUCCCUAAGAUUCGUUAGCCACUCUUAUGAUUGUGAUCAAACCCCUCACAAUCCCACCAUCACUCAUCAUAUUUCUUUCAACACCCCAUCUGAAGAAGAGUCCACACCCCCCUUUGAAGAACUCACCAACAUUUCCCACAUAGUCUUUGGCAUAGGAGCCUCAGCAAAGCUUUGGAAGCAGAGAAAAGAGUACAUCAAGCUAUGGUGGAGGCCUAAUGAGAUGCGAGGGGUUGUGUGGUUGGAGCAAAAGGUCAAAACUGAAGCUCAAAAUGAGGACUUCUUGCCCCCAUUGAGGAUCUCUAGUGACACUUCAAGGUUCAAGUAUAAGAACCAAAAGGGUCAUAGAUCAGCUAUUAGAAUCUCACGCAUAGUGUCUGAGACACUCAGGCUUGGGAUGGAGGGUGUGAGGUGGUUUGUGAUGGGGGAUGAUGACACGGUUUUUGUGGCAGAGAAUUUGGUGAAAGUGUUGCAGAAAUAUGACCACAAUCAGUUUUAUUACAUUGGGAGUUCCUCAGAGAGUCACUUGCAAAACAUUUAUUUUUCUUAUAACAUGGCUUAUGGGGGUGGUGGUUUUGCAAUUAGUUAUCCCUUGGCUGUGGCAUUGGAGAAGAUGCAAGAUAGGUGCAUUCAGAGGUAUCCAGGGUUGUAUGGCUCUGAUGAUAGGAUUCAGGCUUGUAUGGCAGAAUUGGGAGUUCCACUCACCAAGGAAAAAGGGUUCCAUCAGUUUGACGUGUACGGCAACCUCUUUGGGCUUCUUGCGGCCCAUCCAGUUACACCACUGGUAUCCCUCCAUCACUUGGACGUGGUAGAGCCCAUAUUUCCAAACAUGAGCCGGGUACAGGCCCUGAAGCGUCUGAAUCGGCCCAUGAAGUUGGACCCGGCUGGGCUCAUACAACAAUCAAUUUGCUAUGACAAAGCCCGGACCUGGACCAUAUCCGUUUCAUGGGGCUAUGCGGUUCAAAUUUUCCGGGGCAUCUUCUCAGCCCGGGAAAUGGAGAUGCCAGCAAGGACAUUCCUGAACUGGUACAAGCGGGCGGAUUACACGGCGUAUCCGUUCAACACGCGGCCGGUCAGCCGCCAUGUUUGUCAGAAACCGUUUGUUUAUUACUUGUCUAGGGCAGUGUAUGAUGAGGGUGCUAAUGAAACUGCAAGUCAAUAUGUACGGGUUCAGCAAAACCCGGAAUGCAAUUGGAAAAUGGAGGAUCCAACCCAAAUCAAAGUGGUGCAUGUUUAUAAGAAACCCGACCCGCAUUUGUGGGACAAGGCUCCAAGAAGAAAUUGUUGUAGGGUUCGACGUACAAAGAAGCAAGGAACUAUGGUGAUUGAUGUGGGGGAAUGCAAGGAAGAUGAACUUGUUGAAUUGUAGUUAGAGGUCCUACACAUCAAUUGAUAAUUCUUAACUCAAUCGUUUGCUAUAUGUAUUUUCUUCUUUUAUAUAUAAUGAUUUACUUUGAGGAUUUCUUGGCGGCUAGUGUAAACAAAGAUGAGGGCUAGAAGUCUAAACUAGUAUAGUAGUAUUUUCCUUAAAACGUGUACUAUCUUUAACCAAAAGAUUACGAUGGGAGAUGCUUGUCACGGUCAAAAUGUCACAAAAUUCAACACUACGGUCUAAAUUAUCAAUUUUUAUCUUACAAAUUAAGAUAUACAAUUUGGGGAGUAAA